GCAGGCGCGGCGCCCUCUGGCGCAGGCGCGCUGCGGCGUGGGCGUCCCCCCUCGCGCCGCUGUCAGGCGGGGGGCCGCCUCGUUUGGGUGUGGGGAGGCAUAAGUGCGCGUGCGCACUGCGGGCGAGGUUGCAGCAGCAGCAGCAGCAGGCAGAGCCAAGCGGCGGCGGCGGCGGCGGCGGUUGAGCUCGCGGUCGGUUCCUCUAACGCCCGAUCACCAUGGCCGAUGACCUGGACUUCGAGACCGGCGAUGCCGGGGCCUCCGCCACCUUCCCCAUGCAGUGCUCGGCCCUCCGCAAAAACGGGUUCGUGGUGCUCAAGGGGCGCCCCUGCAAGAUCGUCGAGAUGUCCACCUCCAAGACCGGCAAGCACGGCCACGCCAAGGUGCACCUGGUUGGCAUCGACAUCUUCACUGGGAAGAAAUACGAAGACAUCUGCCCUUCCACCCACAACAUGGAUGUGCCCAACAUCAAGAGAAACGACUUCCAGCUGAUCGGGAUCCAGGACGGGUACCUGUCCCUCCUCCAGGACAGCGGGGACGUGCGGGAGGACCUGCGUCUGCCCGAGGGGGACCUGGGCAAAGAGAUCGAGCAGAAAUACGACUGCGGAGAAGAGAUCCUGAUCACUGUGCUGUCCGCAAUGACCGAGGAAGCUGCUGUCGCCAUCAAAGCCAUGGCUAAAUAAAGGAACCACAGGGCGGCGGCAGCAACUUUUACUACAAACCAGAGAGAAUUGCAACCCCCCCAAAACCAGCUCCAUGUGGCUCAGCCCCCCCAGAUCUCAGCCCCCCAUGAAACUCCCCAGCCCCUGCCCCCGGGGAAUUAAAGCGAAGGAACAAAAAUCCUUUUAAUUUGGUCUUUUUGUUGGUUCUGGAAGCUGAUUCUCCCCCCUGCCCCCCUGGGGGGGGUUUUGGCUCCCCCUUUUUCCCCCCUGCUCCUCCCUGGGGUGCUCGGAACACUACAUUGGUGUGAGGAAGGGGGGAUUAUUUAAAGGGAGGGGCGAGAAAUUGACAGAAGUGGGGUGGGAAGCCUCCCUAAGCAUUUUUAAUGUCCCCCAAACCCUGCAGAGGGUGGGGUCCCCAAAACCUGGCCAUUGUGGGUCUCACAAAGAACCCCCCAAAGUCCCUGCAGAUCUCAGGUCCCCCAAAUCAAAGAUCCCUUUGAAAAAUAGGGGUGGGGGGGGUGCCCCAAACCAAGCAGCUCUGGGGUCCUUUAGAAAAUGGAAUCUUGGCCCCCUCCCCUACAGGCCAACCCCCCCAGUGCCCUUUUUUUAGCCUCUCCUAGGGCAAAAAGGCUAGUGAGUGACGGGGGGGGGGGUGAGGGUGCAGCAUCCUGCUGCCUUUUCAUUGGUCGAGGUGACCUGAAGGGUCUGCUUCCUGUUUCUGGCCCUGCCCCCACCCAAAAAGGGCACCAGUCUGCCCUGCUGUUCGGAGGACGGGGCCCACCUGGCUGAGGGGCGUAGCUGCUCCCCUUCCCUAGUGCUAUGCUGGACCUAGGGGUGGACCCAGUGCCCCCCUGGUCACCUCCCUGCUGGAGCUCUCGGGAUGGGGGCAAAGGGGGGUGUCCUGGGUCACUCACUAGCCCCCCCUCUCUUGCCCCGUUCUCCAGGUUCAUCUCUCCCCCCCACCCUGCUGUCAAGGGGUCAGCGCCCGCCCCCCACACAUUUGUUAAUCAGCCUCAAUAAAAAGUUUAAUACGAA